AAAUGAGGCUAUCCGCUUCAGCCGAACCCUGCUGCACGGUUUGCCAUAAGCAAGACUAAAACUAAACAAAGGAAUAACAAAAUGGCUGCAGAUCUGAAAAUCUUUUUCUGCAUUGGACUUGUUUUCGUGCUGUCAGGCGUUGGCAAGUCCGCAUUUCAUGGUAAGAGCCACAGUGACGGCAAAGAGGACCCCAUCCUGCAGUACGUCGUUAACAACUCCCUGAGAGAGCAUCCGGUCCUCACCAAACUCAAACUGAAAACUCUUGAGGAUCCAUGGAGCAUCAUGCUUGUUGCUAGUGAACAGGCCCAAUUCAUGGCAAAUCUUCUUAAACUGAUUAACGGCACUAAAGCCAUCGAAAUAGGAAUGUACACAGGUUAUAAUGCCCUAAGCAUGGCUUUGGCCCUCCCCGAGAAUGGACGUGUGGUUGCCUGUGAAAUAGAGCAGGAUUAUGUCGACAUUGCCAAGCCGUUUUUUAAAGAGGCUGGAGUUGAGCAUAAGAUUGACGUCCGGCUUCAAACUGCAACCAGAACGCUAAAUGAAUUAAUAGAGGCUGGAGAAGCUGGCACCUAUGACUUUGUUUUUAUUGACGCGGAAAAGUAUAACUACGACAGAUACUACGAGAAGUCUCUGCAGCUCAUAAGGAAAGGGGGCAUCGUCGCUUUUGAUAAUAUGUUGUGGGGUGGUUUGGUGGUGAACCCUGCCCCCGGUGACCUGACUUCCAAGACCUUGGAUGACCUCAAUAAGAAGCUGCACAAGGACCAGAGGAUCGAUCUGAGCAUGCUCACCAUAGGCGAUGGACUGACACUGGCCAUUAAGCGCUAAAUUCAGUUUUUACAUCGGACAAAAUAAGAAAUAAAAAUGCUGCUGAUCUGCCAUUGUUGCUAUCAAAAGCAAACAUUGAUCGCUGUGUUGAAUAUUCAUCCCUUGUAUUUUAUACUGACGUCAGUAAUUACUGUCAUAAUCAAAUGUCUGGCAGAAGCAACGUGAUACUGCAAUUGUGUGUUAGAUAAUAUCCAAUGUUAAUAAAUCAUCCUACAAAAACA